AUGGUCGUAGCUCCUGUAGAGACGAUGUUUAUUGAAGAUGAGAAAUGGGGAGGACGCUUCUUCCAAUUUCUGUCAAAUACGCACAUCCUGGCCGGAUCAGUGCGCCAUUUGACACUUUCGGUCUGGUUUUCAACCUCCGCGGAUGGUGCGCAGUUGAAACGGCCCUUUAAGGAUACUGGAGUCUCAGGGAGGAGAAUCGGCUUGUAG